GGUCUCUCCUUCCCCCCAGGUGUGCUGGCUCGCUCCCGAGCAGACGGCGGGGAAGCAGAAGCCCUACAUGUACACGCAAGGCCAGGCCGUCCUCAACAGGUCCUUCUUCCCCUGCUUCGACACCCCGUCAGUCAAAUGCACCUAUUCGGCCACGGUGGAGGUUCCCGAGGGGUUCACGGCUGUGAUGAGUGCCACGAGCUGGGAGAAGCAGAAGGAUAACACCUUCAUCUUCAAGAUGUCCCAGCCGAUCCCCUCCUACCUGAUUGCUCUGGCUGUCGGGGACAUUGUGUCUGCUGACGUUGGCCCCAGGAGCCGGGUCUGGGCCGAGCCCUGCCUGAUCGAGGCUGCGAAGAAGGAGUACGAUGGGGUGAUUGAGGAGUUCCUGGCAGUUGGAGAGAAGCUCUUUGGACCUUAUGUUUGGGGCAGGUACGACAUCCUGUUCAUGCCGCCCUCCUUCCCCUUCGGUGGGAUGGAGAAUCCCUGCCUCACCUUUGUGACGCCCUGCCUGCUGGCUGGGGACCGCUCCCUGGUGGACGUCAUCAUCCACGAGAUCUCCCACAGCUGGUUUGGCAACCUGGUCACCAACGCCACGUGGGGCGAGUUUUGGCUGAACGAGGGCUUCACCAUGUAUGCCCAGAGGCGCAUCUCCACCGAGGUCUAUGGUUUGGCGUACACCUGCCUGGAGGCUGCGACAGGACGGGCCCUCCUGCGCCAGCACAUGGACAACACGGGGGAGGACCAUCCGCUCAACAAGCUGCGCGUGGUCAUCGAGCCAGGUGUCAAUCCGGACGACACGUACAACGAAACGCCCUACGAGAAGGGGUACUGCUUCGUGAGCUACUUGGCCCAUCUCGUGGGGGACCAGAGCAAGUUUGAUGCCUUCCUCCAGGCCUACGUGAACCGGUUCAAGUUCCAGAGCAUCACGGCGGACGAUGCCCUCGGUUUCUUCCUGGAGUACUUCCCAGAGCUGAAGGAAAAAGGCGUGGACUCCAUCCCAGGCUUUGAGUUCGACCGCUGGCUGAACACGCCGGGCUGGCCGCCCUACCUGCCUGACCUCUCGCCUGGGGAGCAGCUGAUGAAGCCAGCAGACGAGCUGGCAGAGCUCUGGGCAGCCAACAGCUUGAACAUGGAGGCGAUCGAAGCCAUGGACAUCACGGCCUGGAGGACGUACCAGCUGGUCUACUUCCUGGAUCGGGUCCUGCAGAAAUCCCCCCUGCCAGAAGGCAAUGUGGAGAGGCUGAGCAGGAUGUACCCGAAGAUCUCCAAGGCCCAGAAUGCUGAGCUGCGACUCCGCUGGUGCCAGAUCAUCCUCAAGAACAACCUUGAGGCCGAGUACAGCAAGGUCAAGGACUUUCUCCACAGCCAGGGAAAGCAGAAGUACACCCUGCCCCUCUACCGUGCCAUGUGGGGCGGGUCGGAGUCAGCCCGGGCCCUGGCCAUGGAGACCUUCUCGGCUACGGCCCCCCAGCUCCACAUCAAUGUCCAGAACUACGUCAAGAAGAUCCUGGGCUUGGAGGUGGCAGAGGACUAG